GAUUUGACAAACGGUAAGGUCACUGUUACGCAUGCAACAAAAUUGACGUUACGCACGUUUCGUCCGGAACACCAAAUUCAAGCGAAAAUUUUAAAUGGGCGCGGGGUACGGUAGCCCAAGUAGGAGGGAAGAUGUUUCCGUAUCUUUUAGAAGAAACGAAAAAGUCGUCAAAACCCCCGUCACCGACUAGAAAAACCACGGAGGAAAGCAACUACAAAACCGGGAGCAGCCAUGUUCCCGUCAGAUUUUGCACCGUUACGCCUCGAUACAACGCGUCAACAUCGCCUCCUCCGAGUCCACCGAAAUCGCCUAGUCCGAAAAAAGGAUCCAGAACGCGUAGGGAGACCAUUUACGAUUACAAGUCGGAGGCUGCAAAAAAAGUCGAACAAAUCGCGAAAAACCGAGACGAACGAAGACAACGCCAGGCCGACGAGAAAGCGAUAAAGGACCAGCUCAUGCAUCUGGAGCAACACAAUCCGUAUUGGGAGUUUGCUCAGAUGAUCAACGAAUUCAGGAGCAGCGUUGAGUUCAAAGCCCUCAGGGAGACGGAUGCCGUCGUCGAAAAUCAAAUAACGGUUUGCGUGCGAAAAAGGCCGCUAAACGAAAAGGAAGAACGUAGGAAAGAAGUCGAUGUUAUAACAGUAAAUACCAAAAACCAAUUAAUCGUCCACGAGCCCAAACACAAAGUGGAUCUGACGAAAUAUUUGGAAAAUCAGCACUUCAGGUUCGAUUACGUGUUUGACGAAACUUGUACAAACGACGUUGUCUACAAGUUUACCGCCAAACCGUUGGUCAAGACGAUCUUCGAAGGCGGAAUGGCCACUUGCUUUGCGUAUGGACAGACCGGCUCGGGGAAAACCCACACAAUGGGUGGCGAAUUUAGAGGCAAAUUACAAAAUUUUAAAAGCGGAAUCUACGGCUUGGUUGCGUGCGACGUGUUCAAACUACUGAAUCAUCCGAAAUACGCGAAAAUGAAUUACAUAGUUUCCGCGAGCUUUUUUGAGAUCUACGGCAAAUUGGUGUUCGAUUUGCUCGCGAAGAAACAACGUCUGCGAGUCCUGGAAGAUGGCAAGCAGCAAGUCCAAGUCGUCGGCCUCACAGAAAGGGUAGUUAGCAGAGUAGAGGACGUGAUUGACCUGAUCCAGAAGGGGAGCUUGGAGAGAACUUCCGGACAGACGUCAGCCAACACCAAUUCUUCCAGAUCCCACGCGGUCUUCCAAAUUAUAUUACGCAAGGCUGGUUCAAGGGGCAUCGAAGGAAAAUUCUCGUUGAUUGAUUUAGCAGGCAAUGAGAGAGGUGCCGACACAAACAAAUCAAAUAGACAAACUCAAAUUGAAGGUGCAGAUAUUAAUAAAAGUUUACUAGCUCUGAAAGAAUGCAUUCGAGCAUUGGGCAGGAAAGGGGCCCAUUUGCCCUUUAGAGGAAGCAAGCUGACUCAAGUCCUUCGCGACUCCUUUAUAGGUGAUAAAUCACGAACGUGCAUGAUUGCUUUGAUUAGCCCUGGAAAUUUUUCCGUUGACCACUCUUUGAAUACAUUAAGAUACGCCGAUCGGGUUAAAGAAUUAAUUGCCACCGACUACAGUAAUGAUGACUCCAUUGAGAACAAUGAAGAUGAAGCGUCUGAAGACAAUAUAGACAUGGACGAUGAAGAAAAAAGGCUUCAGAUUUCGUCGAUGGAAUGGGAAAUUUUAGAGAGUAACAGACACGUUAUAGAGAGUUGCGUAUAUUUUCAUAAAAUUGCUUGUCAACUGUACCAGUCCAGUCAGAGUAAUAGUUUUGAUAAGCACAAUUAUGCGCUAAACUGGAAGAAUCUGCUCGGUGAAAUGAUUGAGAUUCAAAAUACUGCUCUGAACAAAGCAAAUGAAUUUUGUAAUAUUCUUGACUCUUAGGUCUGAAAACUUGGUGAAUGUAUAAAAAAAUCUUUUAUUUAUUUGAUAUAUUUAUUUAUUAAAUGACUUCCUUUCACUUGUGAAUUGUUGUCAUUUCCUUAAUUUGACUUGCAUUAUGAUU